UGCGGUUCAUAUGAGAAAUUUAAAGGUGAUAAAGUGAAGAUUCUUGAUCACAUGAAGAAACGACUUGAGAAGACUGCCAAUAACAAUUUGAUUGAAGAGGACAUACGGCAAAAGGCCAAAGAUCUUAAAAUGAAAUUUAAAUCAUGGAAAUCUUCACAAACAACAAUGAAAUUUUUCAAACAGCUUGAGAUUCGUUAUAAUGCAAAGCAGAAAUUAGAAGAAAUUGAAAGCCAAAAGGCUAUUGAGCUCGCCGAAAUCGAAUGUAUGAAGGUUUCUCAAUUACGGAACAACACGGAAUCAGUAACAAAGAUUCAUCAGCAUGUUUCUGACGGCUUAUUAGGAUUUACUAAAGAAAAUACAACAAAAACUCACGUUAGUUCAUUAGAAUCUGAUCGCGAAAGUAAUUCUGGUAAAAAACAAGAGUCUGUGACUUUAGAACAGGGCUUAUUAUUACGAAAGACAAUUACUAAUAAGUUUGAAAGACGCGUUUUAGACGAUAGCUUAGAAUUAGGGCAAAAACGGAAAAAAAAUCUGUCAUUAUCAAAGAAUAAAGAAUCAAAGAAGGCCAAAACCACCGGCAGGAAAAAAGAAAACGUGGAUCACAAUAUUGAUAAUUCAUUCAUCAGUAAUUUAUCAUCAAGUUCAAUUAAAACUGCACGAAGUUCCUUCAUGUCUGCUUCCCUCAAUAACAAACAAGAUCUUGAUAGCAUAUCAUCUAGCUCAGAAGGAAGGGAGACCAAAUCCGUUGAUGUAGUUCAAGUUGAGGAAAUUUGGGAACUUACUUAG